CGCUGGUAUUGGUGAGCUGGGCGCCUGCUGGUCGCGCGGCGGCGCUUGCAAAGGACCUCGGCCUUGGGUCGAGGCGUGUGGCGCGCGGAGCGCGACGUUCUGGGCUCGGCGAUGGUGGGCGUCCCUGGAGCGGCCGCCUUCCAGCUUGGUUCUGAGAAAAAAGUGCCAGCAAUGCCUGGAUCGCCUGCAGAAGUGAAAAUACAGUCACGAUCUUCACCUCCCAGCAUGCCACCUCUCCCACCAAUAAAUCCUGGAGGGCCGAGGCCAGUGUCCUUUACUCCUACAGCAUUAAGCAAUGGCAUCAGCCAUUCUCCUCCUACUUUGAAUGGUGCUCCUUCACCACCACAGAGAUUCAGCAAUGGUCCUGCCUCUUCCACAUCAUCUGCACUAACAAAUCAACAAUUGCCAGCCACUUGCGGUGCCAGACAACUCAGCAAGUUGAAACGCUUUCUCACCACUUUGCAACAGUUUGGCAAUGACAUUUCCCCUGAGAUUGGGGAGAAGGUUCGGACUCUUGUUCUAGCAUUGGUGAACUCAACAGUGACAAUUGAAGAAUUCCAUUGCAAGCUCCAGGAGGCCACAAACUUUCCUCUUCGUCCCUUUGUGAUUCCAUUUCUCAAGGCCAACCUGCCACUGCUACAGCGAGAACUGUUGCACUGUGCCCGGGCUGCCAAGCAGACCCCAUCCCAGUACCUAGCGCAACAUGAACACCUUCUGCUCAACACCAGCAUUGCGUCUCCAGCUGACUCUUCCGAGCUACUCAUGGAAGUACAUGGAAAUGGGAAAAGGCCCAGUCCAGAGAGAAGAGAAGAGAGUAAUUUUGAAAGAGAUACAAUUCCUCCUGAGCCUCCUGCCAAGAGAGUAUGUACCAUCAGUCCUGCUCCUCGACACAGUCCUGCCCUCACUGUGCCCCUCAUGAAUCCUGGGGGCCAGUUUCACCCCACUCCUCCACCUCUUCAGCACUAUACCUUAGAAGAUAUCGCAACUUCUCACCUGUAUCGGGAGCCGAACAAGAUGCUAGAACACCGAGAUGUUCGUGAGAGGCACCACAAUCUUAGUAUAAAUGGAAGCUAUCAAGAUGAGUUGGUAGACCACCGUUUGACAGAAAGGGAAUGGGCUGAUGAAUGGAAACAUCUUGACCAUGCUCUGAAUUGCAUUAUGGAAAUGGUAGAGAAAACGAGGCGUUCCAUGGCAGUUCUGAGGCGCUGUCAGGAGUCUGAUCGGGAAGAACUCAACUACUGGAAGAGACGAUUUAAUGAAAACACAGAGAUGAGAAAAACGGGAACGGAGCUGGGCUCCAGGCAGCACAGCCCUGGGAGUGCAGAUUCUCUCAGCAACGAUUCUCAGCGGGAAUUUACCAGUAGACCAGGAACAGGAUAUGUACCUGUGGAGUUUUGGAAGAAAACAGAAGAAGCUGUGAAUAAGGUGAAAAUUCAGGCCAUGUCAGAAGUACAGAAGGCAGUUGCUGAGGCUGAGCAAAAAGCCUUUGAAGUGAUUGCAACAGAGAGAGCUCGAAUGGAACAAACCAUAGCAGAUGUCAAACGACAGGCCGCAGAAGAUGCCUUCCUUGUGAUCAAUGAGCAAGAAGAGUCAACCGAGAACUGCUGGAACUGUGGCCGCAAAGCUAGCGAGACGUGCAGUGGCUGCAACAUUGCCCGGUACUGCGGCUCCUUCUGCCAGCACAAGGACUGGGAGCGGCACCACCGCCUCUGUGGCCAGAGUCUGCAUGGUCAGAGUCCCCAUAGCCAGAGCCGGCCACUGCUUCCUGGAGGGAGGGGCUCCUCAGCCAGGUCAGCUGACUGCAGUGUGCCCAGCCCAGCCCUAGACAAGACCUCGGCCACCACCUCACGUUCCUCAACUCCUGCCUCUGUAACAGCCAUUGAUGCCAAUGGACUCUGAGCCCCAGACUCCACCCACCCUUAUGGCCACUCCAUGUGACAGAGCCCUUGCAGCAAGGAUUUGACUGUUGGAUCCAGGAGCUGUUGGGUCAUUGUCAAGAACUGAAGUGAAAGCAGGACUUGACCAAACCUCCCUGCAACUUGUCAAGAAUGUGCAGAAGAACUAGUAUGUUGGACUUUGCACACAGGUGGCCUGAACUGCCUCCUCGGUAGCUCUCCCAUGUUCCUCUCCCAGUCAGAGCUGGCUUAGCCAGCCCAUUCAGUGCAGAUCACCAGCUCCCCACCUGCUUCACUGGCAGACUGUCACAGUGCUGGCCAAGCUGGCUGCAACUCACCCCUGUACUAUCUAGUUCCUGCUCCAUCCAUGGGCCUCAUGUGCCAGAGGCCAGGACGCAGACAGCAGGCUGAGGAGGCCUCUCAGCCUCACAGGGACUUGGGUAGGCGAAAAGCUGUACUCAGGACUCAUCCUCUGCCCAGAAAAGGGCAAAAAAGAAGCCAGUACUUCAGUUGAAGCACUCCUAAUGCUAAGAAGGAAUAAAAAUAAGUUUUCCCUGACAUUGAAAAGUA